UUGCUCUUUGGGUAGCGGCAAGGCAGACAUCUUUUUUGUUUGGUGUGAUAGAACAACGACAUUUGCCGCGUUUCGGUCGAGCGUGUGAAAAAAAGCGAAUUUGGCCAACAUUUUCCGCCCGCCAGCUUCCGAUUAACCUUUACCGCACAAGAAAACACUCCGACCAUCGGUUUGCCGCCCGGAAGUUGCCCAUCAGCAGACAUCUUGUAGCGAAAAUCGGCCCCUCCGAUUUCGGUCUACGCUUGAGGGGGUUUUUCGGCGAGGGAAGCGGUAGCGUCGUCGGCCCGCGGUGAUACCAGAUUAUUGGUCGCUUGGCUCUGCAAAGUAUGUAAACAGUGCUGUUUGCUGACUAUUCUCUUGCCAUCCAAUUCUCCAUACCCGCACCACAACGUACAAUACACGCGCGCCCCGGUCCGUACGGACACCAUCGCACCGUGCCGUCAACGAGCAGUCAAAGAUGUCUCGCUACCCGCACGACGCCAAGGUUUACGUCGGUGAGUUAGGUAACAAUGCCAGCAAGCAGGACAUCGAGGAAGCGUUCGGGUACUACGGGCCGCUGCGCAACGUGUGGGUCGCCCGCAACCCGCCCGGCUUUGCGUUCGUCGAGUUCGAGGAUGCGCGCGACGCGGAGGAUGCGGUGCGCGGGCUGGACGGCCGCACCAUUUCUGGCCGCCGGGCCCGGGUAGAGCUGUCGACGGGACGGGGCGGACGCGGUGGCGGUGGUGGUCGUGGUGGGCCACCGCGCGGCGGCGGCAAGGGUGGCCGGUUCCAGUCCGACGACCGCUGCUACGAGUGUGGCGGCCGGGGCCACUUUGCACGCGAUUGCGCACGUUCCGGGCGCAGGGGACGCAAAAGAUCGCGCAGCCCCCGGUCGCGAUCGCGCGAGCUGCGUACGCGUUCGCGUAGCUACAGCCGUUCCCGCAGCCGCUCCCGGGAUCGUCGCUCGCGGUCGAAGGCAACGCCGAAGCGGGGCGCUGCCGCCAAUAAUCGCUCGCUGAGCCGCGACGUGAGCAAAACGCCCCGGCGCAACGUGUCGCGCAGCCCGUCGCGCAGCAAGUCCCGCUCGAUCAGGCGUUCGCUGUCGCGCUCACAGUCCCGGUCGGUGUCACGAUCGCGCUCCCGCCACCGCAACGGAGAUCACUAGAUGAUGAUGAUGACGAUGACGACGCGGAAGACGUGUGCUGUAGGACGCUAAGGACUUUAACAACAGAGAAAACCAACAAACAAACAAACAUAAUAACAUCAACAGGUGUAGGGGGGUGAUCCUUUUUUGCCUCUGGACGGCUGCUAGCACGGGCGGGGGAAGAAGAGAUAAGGAAAGAUAAACAGGGAAAUAGUAGUGGGGAGGCAGAGAAUCCGUAUCCUUCAUAACAACAAACGUCUAAUCGCCUACCCGUGUGCAGCAGCAGCGGUUGGGGUGGCGGUUGAGAUGCGGACCAAAUGUUUACAUGAUACUCACAAGGACGAAAGGACAGUCAGGAAGAGAUUAAGAGAGAGAGAGAGGGAAAGGAUGAAAUUGGAAGGAAUUGCAAUUAGUACGUACUUUCAGACCACCGAGCAAAGAAGUCGUAACAAGCAGCAGCAGCAGCAGAAAACACAGGACGAGAGGAGUAGAAUUUUUCAUCCGUAAUACAAAACAAACAACCCCCCUGCUCUCUCCUUCUAUUGUAAAACAGGGCCACAAACAGCGUGUAGGUGUGUGUGUGUGCGUGUUUGUGUAACCAUAUUUGAACCAAACCGCGUGUUCCAACCGCCUGAAAGGAAGGAAUAUCUCUUUCAUCAUACUAAUCGAUACACGAGCAUAAUUACACCGGCGUGUGUGUUUGUGUUUGUGGGCAAAAAGGGCUAAAACACACACACACACACACAUUCUCUUUAGAUACAAGUAAUUAGGUACAGGUAGUGUGUGGAAGGUUUUUUGCAUUUGCUUUCAUUUUUCUCGGACAUUCGCGUCAAGCUCUAGACCGCGACAGUUGUAGAUUUUUAUGUACUAGAAUGAGAUACCGGGGAGAAAGGAGGGAGACAGAGUAAACCUUUUGUGACACCUUAGCAGCAAUAAUACAUACGGACGAUUCAAGUGGUGGCAACCGAACGCGCGUGUCGUAAGCAGCAAAGCACCUCUUUCCCCCCAUAACGGUCGCCCUUUAGUGUUUUUAAGCGUAAAUCAUACAAUUUUUUUCAUCCAUUUUCGCAAACCAGUAUACUACUUGAGAGAGGUAGGGAGGGAGAAGGGUAAGCAGAGAGUGUAGGCCAUUUAAUUGACACCGAAUGAUUAUACUUUUUAAAUACAAAACCUCUUAACACCACCACCACCAUCACCAAUCUUUACAAGCAAACUUGAUUCUCACAGCAGCAAACAAACAGUACAACCGGUGACGACAGUUGAUGUAUUUUCCUUUUGUUUUAUGAUUUGUAAUAAUUACAUUGUAUGUGUCUUUUUUUUUCUUCACUUCUCUCAUUUGUCUCGUGGCGAUUAGAUAAGUGUUAAGCAAAGAGUGUAUGUGAAUAAAUUAAAACAAACAAAAACAUCGA